AUGGAGUUCUGUUCCAUGGCUCUUCGCAAACACUUCCGGGAUUACCCACUGAAUCAUGCUAUAAUGCAAGGAGAAGAAGGAACUGUUGGUUUUGGCAAUAUAGGAAGAAAAGGAAAGAAGGGUAUAGAAGGAUUCCCUGGAGACUGUGGAGACCAGGGAAAACCUGGAGAUAUGGGGAAUCCUGGAAAACCUGGACUAAAAGGAAAAAGAGGAAGAAUGGGUACUCUAGGAUUAGUUGGUGAUGAUGGUGAAGUAGGAACACCGGGCUAUCCUGGACACCUGGGUCCAAAAGGAGCAAAGGGCCAGUCCUAUUCAUCUUGUGAACUUAUUGAAUAUGUACAGAAACACAGCACUUGCUGGACAAAAAUACCAAAAUGUCCAGCAUAUCCAACAGAAUUAGUAUUUGCUUUGGAUGUAUCUCAAGAUACAAAUUCUGAGAUAUUUAAAGAAAUGAAAAAGAUUGUCAUUAAUAUUGUGAACCAAACAAACAUCAGAGAGAGCAACUGUCCUGUGGGAGCAAGAGUGGCUGUUGUGUCCUACAGCUCCAACACAAACUAUCUGAUACGCUUCACAGAUUUCCAGAGCAAGAAGUUGUUGUUACAGGAGCUCAAUAGACUUUCUUUGCAGAGAACAACCAACAGACGAGACAUUGGUGGAUCAAUGAGGUUUGUUGCCAGGCAUCUCUUCAAGCGAACUCUCCAAAGUAAUAAUGUGAGGAAAGUUGCUGUCUUCUUCAGCAAUGGAGAGUCUGACCCUCCUGACUCGAUUGGUACAGCAGUCCUAGAGUUCAGUGCCUUAGGUAUCCAGCCAGCAGUCAUUACUUUUAAAAACAUCCCUGAAAUUAUCCAAGCUUUUGAGAUGGACAACACAGGAUUGUUUCAAGUUAUCAACCUCCAUCAGCAGAGUGAUCUUUCAGCCUUAAAAAAACUUCACGUGUGCGUAAUUUGCUAUGACAAAUGCAAACCAGAAUCUUGCUUAAUAACUCCACCUUUCAAACCUGAGGCUUAUAUGGAUGCUGCAUUCAUUCUUGAAAAUUCCAGGAAAAUAAGCACUACUGGAUUUGAAGAACUAAAACAUUUCCUAAGUAGAGCAUUGGAAAGCUUUGACAUUUCUACAAAUCCAAAGACCUCUUUGAUAGGUGAUCGGAUAGCUGUUGUGAGUCAUGCACCACUGAAUUUCCAAUUCCAAAAAAAAAAGAAGCUUCCAGUAAAAGUUGAAUUUGACUUGGUGACAUAUGAAAAUAAAACACAAAUGAAGAGGCAUAUUGAAAAGUCUUUUGAGAAACUAAAUGGAGAAGCAGCACUUGGCCAUGCCAUAAAUUGGACAAUCAAUCAUAUCUUUUCAGAAGCACCUAAUAAGAGAGGAAAAAAGGCUAUUUUUAUCAUAUCUGUUGGAGAAACAAGUCCUUGGGAUAAGGAAGAACUGAGUGAUGCAGCCGUAAGAGCCAAAUGUGAAGGCUAUGUUGUAGUUGUGCUUUCAAUAGGACCUGAAUAUGAUUACAUAGAACUUAUGGAAUUGGCAAGCCUUCCCUUGGAACAUCACAUAGUACAGCUUGGCAGAAUCCACAAAGCUGAACUUGAGUAUGCAGUCAAAUUUCUAAAGCCAUUAAUACAUCUGCUCAAAAGUGGAAUGCACAGCUAUCCACAUCCAGAGCUCAAGAGAAUAUGUGCAAAAAUCACUCAUCAAAAACCAAGCACUCCAUUUGACAAAACUCCACCAAAUAACAUGGAUGAGAAUGGCUCUGCUUUUCCAGAAAACCUGCAAAGUGAUUCUUUAUUCCCUGAAAAGAUAAUCAGCAAUGCUCAUCCAUCUAUUAUGUUUGGAAAUUAAUGAAGUGUUCAAAUCUACAAUUAGACUAAUGAAAUAACCUUUGUUGAAUGUUGCCAAAUAUUGUAUGGUAAUUUUAUUAAACUUCUACAUUAUUUCUUUGGAAAAAGCAAGCCAAUUGAUGUCUGAACAGCAGGAAAAAAUUCUAAAUGAAUUGAAGAAAAAUUGAGAAAGAAUAAGAUGAUCGUACUAGCAAGACAAACUAAAGGCUAUUAAGGACAAAAGAUUUUCAUUUGUGAAUCUAUAACCUCAAUUUUAGUUUUUUGUUCAAAUGGGAAGGUCGUGAAAUUUAAAUAGCUUGAGGAAUUUUGGACAGAAAAGGUUUUAAACACAAUAAUUGCAUAUUGCCAGUAUAAUAUUUUUAAGUGGGAACUUGGUUUAUAUUCAAUGCUAUAAUAUUGGUAUGCAGAAUCUGUUCCAGUUCAUAUAAGUCAUUUGAGUAUAAGGUCAUUAAGUAAUAAAAACUUGAAAUCUCAAUCUUGGAUGGAUUAUUAUUAUUUUUUUACAAAAUGCUUAAUGUCCCAGUUUAUAAUUUUCUAAUGCCCUUGACAAUAGUUCUGAAGCAAUAGAAGACUGUUGCUAUAUGAAAUGUAGUCCUUAAUUAGAACAAUGCAUAGGAUAAAAUUAUGAAAUAUUUUAAGCAACAAUU